GCAUCCCGCUUCACUCACGCCAUAGUUCGAGUCAAUUUACAAAGAAAGCCGACCCUUAUGGUCACCAUCAAAACCACUAAAAAACAUCAUCAGAUCCUUCGACUUGCUAGAGGAUUCUCGAUGUGGACGCAUGCGGCAAACUCACUAUUGACAGUCUGAACCGGAGAGACAUUUACAAAAAGAAUCUAACUCUUGUCCGACAACGCAAGAUAAUUUCUCUCCUAAAGAAGUGUUUUUGUUUUCUGAAGUUUCAACCUUCAGUGGCUGCGGUAUCCAGGAUAUACUUCAGAAGCUCCUGUAUUGGCCUUUGCUUAUCGACCAGUUCAGCGCCUUUAUAUUUAUUACUUUCUCUGGUUUAUUAUUAUAUUUACUCGAGCAAAUUUGGUGGUUCAUGCUCCCAAAUGUUAGCUGUUGGGCAGAUGGAUGCUAACAGGCAGAGUGCUUUCGUCCUAGGCAGUACACCGCUGGCAGCAUUGCACAACAUGACCGAGAUGAAGACGUCUUUAUUUCCCUACACUUUGCAGAAUCAUGCGGGCUUCAAGGCGCCUUCUCUCAAUAAUUUGAACACACAGCUUGCCCUGGGGACACCACAUGGAAUUAGCGAUAUCUUGGGUAGACCUAUCAACUCAGCUGGACAGCUGCUCUCGGGCUUUCCAAGGAUAAACGGCUUGGCCACCGCAGGAAUGUACUUUAACCCAGCAGCCGUUUCUCGGUACCCGAAGCCCCUGACGGAUCUCCCAGGAAGAGCACCCAUAUUCUGGCCUGGUGUGAUGCAGAGCUCCCCUUGGAGGGAUCCACGAGUGCCCUGUCCUGACUCUUCAAUCUUUUUUGUAGCUCAAGCAAACAUGAUGCUCGACAAGGAUGGAAAGAAAAAACACUCCAGACCAACUUUUUCUGGACAGCAAAUUUUUGCAUUGGAGAAAACCUUUGAACAGACGAAAUACCUUGCUGGCCCAGAGAGAGCUCGACUAGCUUACUCUUUAGGAAUGACUGAAAGUCAAGUCAAGGUAUGGUUUCAAAACAGGAGAACCAAAUGGCGAAAGAGACACGCAGCGGAAAUGGCAACAGCCAAAAAGAAACAUGAUUCUGAAACUGAGAAGAUGAAGGAAAGCUCGGACAAUGAGGAUGAUGACGAGUACAACAAACCUCUGGACCCUAAUUCAGACGACGAAAAAAUCACAAGACUUCUGAAAAAGCACAAGGCUACAAACCUUUCCCUGAUCAGUCCAUGCAGCAAUAGCUCGGACACCUUGUGAUGACAGUGACGACUUGUCUUGAAGAGACUGAAACACUCCAUGGUGCUUCUAAAGCUAAUUUAACCAGGGUAUAAAUUGUUCAAAUGGAAAGAAAGGGCGCUGAUGGGUGGUGUGAAUGAUUUAUGUUGUACAAACGAAAAUGUAAGUGAGAUGUAUAUAUUUUUUACUGAGUAAGUUAUGUUAUUAAACCAAUGUAAACAAGACAUGGCAGCCUUUCCCGCAAAUCCCGAUAAGCAUAUACCCUCGCAAUAUUAUAGCUUCAUUUUGUUAUUUUAUUGCCGAAUAAUGUUACCCAUCUCUCCACCUUUUACCAUUCUAAAUUCAAUACAGGUACACAAUGUAUGAAUGCAAAUGUUGUAAAUUAUAAUGUAAAAAGCUUGUUUUAACGAUUUCAACUCCGUUCUAUAAUUUGAAGGAAUUUAUGUUUUACCUCAUCAAACAAAGAUAGAGAACUGGACCAUCGUUUAUGUUGGAAUAAGAGAGUAUUAUUACUUCUGCGAAGAUGGAAGAAAAAAAACGUAUUAUGAAUAAAUUAUUUAACAAGCUUUUGUUUUUGAACAGUUUAUCUUCACUGAAAUUACUCUUCAUUGAAUAACCACGUAUUUUGACAUUGAUCGGGACCCACUCAAAUACUGAGAAAGACGGGUCUAAUAAAUUAUAAUUAACGGAAA